AACUUGCUUAUUUCCCUUUAGCCAUUGACGUGGGUUCCCACUAGCAGCUUUCUUGUCUGCUCCAUCUCCAUUGGCUAUCUCUUUUCUUUUGUUCCUUCAAUCAACACAACACAUAGGUUUCUACUCUUCUUCUAUUGUUUCACUCUUCUAGUACAAAGAGUUAUUUUUCUUUUAUUUGUUGGAAGGGGGAAAGUUACAGUUUUCUUGUUUUUUUUUUCUUUUGUAAAUCAUCACAUAUAGAGAAAAAAGGUUAAAAAACUUUGAUGUGGGUAGAGUUUUGAUUCUGGGGGGAAGUAAUUAAUCAGAUGGCUCAACAGAGACAGUUUCAGAUGGAAGGUGGUAAUAACGAUACAAAGCUGACGAAAAUCUUCGUGGGAGGAUUAGCAUGGGAGACUCAGAAAGAUACAAUGAGACGUUACUUCGAACAGUUUGGUGAAAUCGUUGAAGCUGUCGUCAUUACUGAUAAGAACACUGGAAGAUCCAAAGGCUAUGGCUUUGUGACGUUUAUGGAAGCAGAUGCAGCUAUGAGAGCAUGUCAGAAUAUGAAUCCUGUGAUCGAUGGAAGAAGAGCUAAUUGCAAUCUUGCUUUUCUUGGUGCUCACAAACCUCGUCCUCCUACUUCUCCUAGACAUGGAACAGGGAGAUUUAGGUCACCAGGAGGAGCAGGAUUGGUUGCUCCUUCUCCUCAGUUUCGAGGCUCUUCUUCUUCUUCCUCUGCUUUUGUUCAUCAUCAUCAACAACAACACAUUGGUCAAUUCCCAUUUCCUUACUCUGCUUACGGAUUUUCUGGUUAUUCUCAAGAGGGAUUGUACCCAAUGAAUUACUACAAUCAUCAACCCUAUGGAGGACAACAGUAUUCACCAUAUAUGGGACCUCCAUCAUCAGGAUCAACAGGAAUGUUCCAUGGUUACUAUCCUUACUAUCCUCAAUACGAUCCAACUCAAAGUAGUAAUCAUGCUCAAACUCCUCACCAACAUCAUCAAGGUUUCAGCUUUCAAUACACUGCUACUACUCCUCCUUCUCUGUUACAAUACCCUUACUUGCCUCAUCAGCAAUUCAGCUCUCAGCCUCCUCCACCACCAAUCCUCUCACUCCCAACCUCUCUGGCUCUAUCAUUAGCAUCUUCGGCUUCAUCUUCUUCCUCUUUGUCAACCUCCACUUCAGCUGCAACCUCUGCAACAAAAACAGUAGUUAUUACUACACCAGCAGCAGCUGAAGCUAGCAACAAAGAUGGUCAUGAAGCAAAUACCCCCUCCUCCAUCAAGAUAGAGAACUGAUUCAGUACUACAAUAGCAGAGCAAGGGACUACUACAUUGUGCACUAACUCAUGAUCAAUCUCUCCAACAUGUUCUAGCUAAAAACAUUUAUUCAUAUCAUUUAUAGGAUUCUAGAGUCUCUUAAUUAGUACCUAGGAGGAGGAAGAAGAAGAAAGAAACCAUCCUUCACAUUCAUUGUUUUAUUUAUUUUCAUGAUUCAUAUUGCAUUUUAGGUUAAAAGAAUCAAAGAGAAGGCAUUGGUAGCCUUUUUCUGGAUUAUUGGAUUGAUGCAGAAAGCAUCAUUCAACAUUACAUUAAUUUGGGGAUUUAUUUUUUAGGGUCAGAAGAAUUGUUUUAUGUCUUCUUCUGAACUCAAACAUGAUUUAAAAGCUUCGGAUGAGCUUGAAAUCUCUUUUUUUUUUCUUUCAUAUUUGUAAUGGUCUUAAGUCUUAUUGCUUGUUCUUGUUCUUCAUUAUGAUUAUAUAAAAAUUUUAGAUGAUAUCUUUAAUUUCA